GAAAUUUGAGAUUCCCGGCACAACAAACACAGUUCACAGAGAGAGAGAGAGAGAGAGAGAGAGAGAGAGAGAGAGAGAGGAAGAAGAGGAAGGAAAUGGACCGAUACAUCCUCAAAGCAUUGGAAGGUGAAUUUUUAUGGUAUGAUGAGAGUCCUCCGGUAGUACAGAAUCAAAGUGCUUUUGUGCCGUACACAAACAGACACAUUAGUAAUCAGCCCCCUAAUGGUGUGACCAAAUCCAUGAACAUGAACAUGAGGAUGCUGCAAUUCUUGAGGAAAAGCUGGCAACCUGCAACUGCAAGAAAUGAAGCUGGAGAUGACGGCAAAGAACGGGGUUUUCGCCACAUGAUCAACGAGCGCAUGAGGAGGGAGAAGCAGAAGCACUGCUACUUAGCCUUGCAUUCUAUGCUGCCCACUGGAACCAGGAAUGAUAAGAAUUGGAUUGUGCAAAUGGCAACAACGAAUAUUCAGCAGCUGAAGAGGUAUGAGGAGGAGCUGAGAAAGAAGAACAUGGAGCUUGAAACACUUCUGGUAGAAAAUGAAAAGGAGGGAGUGAAAUGGACAAAGAUUAAAUUAAAGGUGGCUAAUCCUACAUCGGGAAUUGAUUGUAUGUUGGUGGUUCUUAAGUGCUUGCGACAUUUGGGUUUGAAAGCCAGAAAUAUUAGCUCUAAUUUGUCACUCGAGGAGUUUUCAGCAGAGCUGGAAAUUGAGUCCAAGAUUGGAGCCGCAGUGAUAGAAGAGUUUGUGCAAGAAACACUCUAUGAAGCCGAGAGGAAAUUGCAUUUUCCAUUUCCAGGAAGGUGA